UUUCGCUCUUUCCGGUCCAAGCAGGUUCUCCCUCCGCCGGUUCUCUUGUCUACUUAACAUCCACGUGUGGACAUUAUUGGGAUUUUCACCCGAUAAACACAAACAAAAGUUAGGACCAAAUGGCGUUGUCUUUCGAACAGAUGAGGGCGAAUGUUGGAAAGCUUCUACGCGGGAUCGACAGGUACAACCCAGAGAACCUCGCUGUCUUGGAGCGUUACGUGGAGACCCAAGCUAAGGAGAACGCCUAUGAUCUGGAGGCUAACCUGGCCAUCCUCAAACUGUACCAGUUCAACCCAGCCUACUUCCAGGCCAAUGUGACGUCCCAGAUUCUGCUGAAGGCCCUGACCAACCUGCCCCACACAGACUUCACCCUGUGCAAGUGCAUGAUCGAACAGACCCACCAGCAAGAGGAACGCCCCAUCAGACAGAUCCUAUACCUGGGGAACCUGCUGGAGACCUGCCACUUCCAGAGCUUCUGGACCAGUCUGGAGGAGAACCGAGAGCUCAUCGAUGGCAUUGCUGGCUUUGAGGACUCUGUGAGAAAGUUCAUCUGCCACGUGGUGGGCAUCACGUACCAGAACAUCGAGCACCGGUUACUGGCAGAGAUGCUUGGAGACCCCCUGGACACACAGGUGAAGGUUUGGAUGAACAAGUACGGGUGGACGGAGGAUGAGGAGGGACAGAUCUUCAUCUUCAACCAGGAAGAGAGUGUCAAGCCCAAGAACAUUGUGGAGAAGAUUGACUUUGAGAGUGUUUCCAGCAUCAUGGCCACAUCUCAGUGAUGGACAAACCCAAACCAGCUCACACAGCACUCAUACACAACAUAUUUCAAACCUGGUUCUAUUUUUUUUCUUCUCAGUACACCUUUUCCCAAUAAAUGUAAUUUAUCAUUUA